GAAGAAGAAAAACAAAGAUGGCGGCGCGAGGCUGCGCUUUUCUCAUCGAAUCAGCGGCUGGUUUCUAACGGAGGAAGGGGGCGAGGCGGAGGGCAGACAGGCAUCGUUUACCUCAGAAAAUACCUUUAAAACACAUUUCAAAUUAAAAUCGUAAUUUUUAAAACAAAAGUUGUGAAGAGAAGAAAAUAGUCACCGGUCGCAUUUAUUUUUUUGUGAUUUACGGGGUCGGGGAGGGGGAGGUGGGGGUUACUGGGUGACGAGAAAACAAAUAAAAAUGUCGGCGGUGGAGGAGAGAGAGCCGGUGCCCGCGGCUUCUUCAGCGGCGGGAGGGGGAGGAGCGGCGGCAGCGGCGAUGAUGAUGGCGGCGGCAGCGGCGGCGGCUUCUUCGGGCCCUUCCGACCCGCUGCACCCGGCGGCAGUAGCAGCAGCCGGAACUCAGGAGCUCAGCAGCCGCCCGGAGCUAGAGGAAGGUCCGAGCUCGAAGAAGCGGGCCCGGCUGGAGGCCGAGUCGGCGGCCGGCUCCGGCUCGGGUUCGGGUUCGGCGGCCUCAGGCGGUGGAGCGGCGGCGGGGGCUAAGGCCGGCGUGGAGCACAAGCUGGAGGAGAGGCUGUACUCGGUGCUGUGCUGUACCGUCUGCCUGGACCUGCCCAAAGCUUCAGUCUACCAGUGCACGAAUGGUCACUUGAUGUGUGCAGGCUGUUUCAUUCACCUGCUGGCUGAUGCCAGGCUGAAGGAGGAACAGGCCACCUGCCCGAACUGCCGCUGUGAGAUCAGCAAGAGCCUGUGCUGCAGGAACCUGGCCGUGGAAAAGGCGGUGAGCGAGCUUCCCAGCGAGUGCGGCUUCUGCCUGAAGCAGUUCCCACGCUCCAUUCUCGAGAGACACCAGAAGGAGGACUGCCAGGACAGAGUAACUCUGUGUAAAUAUAAGCGGAUUGGAUGUCCAUGGCAGGGGCCAUUCCAUGAGCUAACUGCUCAUGAGGGGGAGUGUGGCCACCCAACCAAGACAGGCAAUGAGCUGAUGGAAAUCCUGGAUGAAAUGGACCAAAACCACAAGAAGGAGAUGCAGCUCUACAAUAGCAUUUUCAACUUACUGAGCUUUGAGAAAAUAGGAUAUACAGGAACCGAUUUCUGCAGUCAGACAUGUCACAAAAAAGAAGUUCAGUUCAGGCCCUACCGAACAGACGACUUCAUCACCAGGUUGUACUAUGAGACCCCAAGGUUCACAGUGCUCAACCAGACAUGGGUCCUCAAGGCACGGGUCAAUGACUCCGAGCGUAACCCCAACCUGUCCUGCAAGCGCACUCUGUCAUUCCAGCUCAUCCUGAAGAGCAAGGUCAACUCACCGAUGGAGUGCUCCUUCCUCCUUCUGAAGGGUCCCUACGAUGAUGUCAAAAUUAACCCGGUCAUCUACCAUUUCGCCUUCACCAACGAGAACAAUGAAACAGACUACAUGCCGCUGCCUAUCAUAGACUCUGUCGAAUGCAACAAAUUGCUAGCAGCCAAAAACAUUAAUCUGAGGCUCUUUAUAUUUCAGAUACAGAAGUAGAGGGGGUGGGACUGGGGAGAGAGAUUGUACAUGGGGGGAGACAGAGGGAGAUAUCAGAACGGAGUGAGCACCACUGAACCAUAGUACCUCGAAAAGCCAGCGACACCAGUGACUAGUUUGAAAAAGGCAGAAUUCUAUGAAAAGAAUGAGAAAGAAAACAAGAGACAAACAAAAUAUCUACUAACCGCAUGUGGUCGUAACUGCCUAGGACUGUCACAACUGCGCGGUUUUGUUCAGAAGCCUCUCGUAUAAUGGUUAUAACAGGGGGAGGGUGUGGGGGAGGGGAGAGAAAUAAGAGGAGUGUCUGAAUUCAGUAGCUGCUAUUAGAACUAUUUAAGCAGUGCCGAGUGGUCAGUAUCUGCCUGUGUAUUGAGCCUGCAGUCCAUUGACAAGCUCUGCUCGCCAAUAGAUGCCAAGAUGCCACACCAGCUUCCCUCUGUCACACCCACUCUUUCAUUCCUUAUGCUUGCUAAUUAUCUUAUUUUGUCAGAGCUGUUACUUGUUCUCUGAUAUUUCCCUGCUUACCUGCAAUGGCUAGUCAUUACUUAAUGAGAUAAGUGGAAUUUCUGUUAACUACAUUUCCCUCUUCACAAAUUACUGGUCCAAACUUGUGUUUUUAUUGGUGUGCAUCACUUGCCAUCUGGUUCACCAGAGUCCCCAGCUGACAGAUACUAAAGAAAAAGCAGCUCUCCUCAUUGUGUACAUUCAGCUUGGAGGAGGGCUGUUCAGACAGUGUUUUUAAGAGAGAAACACUCAAUGUGGCCCUUGGACAUUGGGGGUGGCCACCCUCCUUUUCAAAGAAUGAAGAGGCUUGUUUGUUUUCAGCACUCAAUGAGUUGGAAAAGUGGAAGGCUGAUGUAAAUCCUAAGAGGAUUGAUUGGAAUCAAACAGCCAGCUAGCCAUUCAACCUUCACUUGAUGCAGUCACACAUUCCCACACUGCAGUUGAAGGGCGCAGUAAACUCUUUCCUUAAGUUCUCUGUUUUCAGUUUUUGCUUUAAACUUGCUAGUAAGUGUGUAAAAAUUAAAAUCUACAUGAGCAAUGAGGCAUGAUGGACAUGAGACAGAAGGCAGUGCAAAUGUAAGGUUACGGGAUUUGCAGGGAGAACUCGGUAAUGAGAAUCCCACAGUAGUGUUUGUACGUUUAACUUAACCGUAUUUUUUACUCUCUUCUCAUUUUAUUGUAUUUAACAUAAUAUUCUACUCCUGGAGCUGGAGAGGAGGCCAGGGCUGUGGUCAAGGACUUCACCAGACAUGAGACUGACAGAAGCUGCAGGAGUUGUUCACAACCCUUUAAACUCCAAGAUCAGGCAAAACUGAUUAGGAAUUAUUUUAAAUGUAAGAGUUUAUUGGGAUGAGUAAUUGAGGGAAUUCAAAAAACAGAAAACAAAAACCUCCUUGGUGGCAUUAAAUGACAUAGCCUAGCCCAGACCAAUAUAUUGCUUUACAGAGCAAUUGAUCAGCACAAAGAUACCAGCAGUGGAGAGAGAUCGCUGUAUCACACUAGUCUCAGUUCUGCUGCUCCAAGUGCUGCAUCUUAUCCAGUUGAAUCUGUUGCAGUCACCAGUAUCAGGAUCAAAUGGAAGAUAAUUGGUCACUGCUUAGUUCAGUGCAGUUCUAUUUAAAAAGACUAAACAAUUCUUACCUUGCAGAAUGAGCAGCAUUCUGUACAGUCAUACAGCAAAGUAUCCCUUUACCCUGAAUAAACAGUAUCUCAUAACAGUUACACAGUGAGGACUCCCAGUAAGUCUAAAUAAACAAGUUCUAUAUGAUUAACACAACUACUGUUGUGAAUAGCACUUUAACCCUCCCACAUCCUGCUGAUUAAACUGGAACUUUACACAGUUGCACAACAAAUGGGUUGAACUGGCCCCCUUUAACCCUUAUCCUGCUGAAUGAACUGGAAUUCUGAAGGAUUAGUAAAGCAAAUGCAACUUAGGCUUUUGGGGUUUUGUCUGGUACCAAAAUGAUAUUGUCAGUUCUUACCAUUUAUUUUCUGUACCCACUUGUACUGUAUAGUUCAAAUACCAUAAAAUCUAGAUUAUAAUUCGCACUGGUGUAUAAAUUAUUCAGUCUGUAUUUAGAAAAUGUGAAAAACUGAUCAAGUGUACAAUUUGAGCACUGAAUUUUCUGGUGAUUUGGUCAGACAUCUCCUUGGUUCUUCUCAUUGUUUUGGAGUAUUUUUGCAUAUUUGAACUAAUGCACAAGAUGGGUGCACUCUGUAGUAUUCUUGGUGCCUGUCUACAGUCUCAGUCUCAGUCUUAGUCUGGCUCCUGCCACCCCGUGUUUCUAUCCACUUCUUCCCCAGCCAAAUAUUGACAGAAAGCUCUGUGAGAUGCUCUACUGCCCCAUUGUUUGGUGACUCUGCCAUUCAGCUCGUGUUAUUUCAGAGGAAAGCUCCAUCACAGGGUGGAAGGGGUGUAGUUCUCCAAUUAAAUUUUGAGUUUGGGUGAUUUGUACCACAGCAAAAUGCACCAAUCUUUCAUUGCCAUGAACAAAGUUGAACAAGAGAUGCUGUUUGUGCCUCCAGUUAAUUUUAUUUUUAUUCAUAGGAUGUGAACAUUAAUAGCAUUUAUUGUCCAUUUUUGAUUAGCAGGAGAAGGUGGUGAUGAGCUGCUGGUUUAUGAGUCAAGGCUGAUCCCACAUUAAGCAAUGAUGAUGGUCUGCUGUCAAUCAGAACGGACCAUUCUCCCAAACCCCCUUUGCGUGGUGCUAAUACAUCAUUAUGACCCUGGUUACUGUUUCCAUAUCUUCACUUUCUUCCCUUGCAAUUGAGGGUAAGGAUUGACAGUGACCUUAGGUAACAGUCUGUCAGGCUACAAUGUCCUCCCAUGGACGAAACGGAGAUGAGCUUAAACCUGUACAGCUGGAGAGUUUAUUGGCUCCCGCAACCCAUGAAAGGGGUGGCACACUAGGACCUCACAAUAGGACUCACCAUUGUAAGUAUCUUGUUAGUUGUUGGGUGAGAAUUCAGAGCCUGAUUUCCCGUCUCCCUGUGGCUGUUUUGUGUAAAGUUUUAGACACACAGAAACUGAAGCCCAAGGCUGGCCAUCCUAUCCACUCGUCUUUUAAAGAAUGCUUGCAAUCCUUUCAUACUUCUAGAGGAGUGGAUGGAGGGUAAGAAAGACAACUAAUCUAUUAAUAUCUAUAACCCUCAAUAGGAAACAAUCCAUUGAUGGAAAAACUUUGCAGCAAAGUUGCAAACAUAAAUAUGUAGGGACAGCAUGUUUCCCAUUUCUCUUGCCCUGACCUCUUGACUAAGUAUAACAAUGUGUUUUAAAGAAACAUGUCUUAACCCCUCGAGUGUUACGACUU